UUUUGGGAUAUUUUAAUCCAUAUGCAAAAACACUUCAAUUCAUCGACUCCAGUCGACUUUACCCGAGCGAUACACAUCAGAAAUCUAACAGGUUGCAAAAGUGCAAAACGCGCCUAAAGGAGUUUUCACUUUGAAAAGUCAAUAAACAAAAAAUACAAACUAUAUUUGUUUUCUACUGAUUCUAGGCUGCGAUCAUGCGGUGCGUUGGAUAAAUUUUGAUUUGAUUUUAAUGCCAGAUGUUAAUUCCUCUGAACCGCAUCAUUAAUUAUUAUCAUCCAGUUAAAAAUAAAAAUGAAUCUUCUAAAAAAAUGGUGGGAUUUGAAUGAGGCGGCAAUGGGCAAUUCUGCGGAAAAUUAUGGAGACUUCAAAUGGAGUACAGAACAUGACAGAGUUGGAGACUUUCCUUCCUAAAGAUGGAUCGAACAUGAAAGAUGGAACUGCAGCUAAGUACAAGGUUACAGUAGCACCUGCGAGUGGAGGAGAUCCUGAAGCAUUCCUCAAUAAUUCUGAUGGAAAGAAAGAAUGGGAUCCUUUUAAAGAAAGAAAAAUUGAACACCCAACUACGGAUUGUGACACACUCACUCACUUAUUAAAAGCAUCCCUUGGAACUGGAAUAUUAGCGAUGCCAGUUGCCUUCAAGAAUUCUGGAAUGGCUUUAGGAAUAAUUUUCACUCUCCUUGUAGCACUUGUUUGCACACAUUGUGCAUAUGUAUUGGUCAAAUGUGCUCAUGUUCUUUACAAGAGAACGAGGGUGACAGCAAUGAGCUUUGCAGAUAUAGGCGAAGUUGCUUUUGCAAAUGGACCACCAUGGGGAAGAAAAUUUUCAAAAUUAGCUAGGAUAUCUAUUCUUGGAGGUUUAUUUGCUGCUUAUUUUGGAACUUGCAGUGUUUAUACUGUUAUUAUAGCUCAGAAUUUCCAGCAGGUGAUAGAGCAUCACACUGGUUCUCCUCUUAAUAUUAGGGUGUACAUAUCGGCAUUCCUCAUUCCCCUAAUUCUACUGUCAUGGGUUCCGAACCUGAAAUACCUUGCUCCAGUGUCGAUGGUAGCUAAUGUGUUUAUGGGAGUUGGUCUAGGAAUAACUUUCUAUUACCUUGUUUGGGAUCUUGGAUCUCCUUGGGAUAUGCCACAAGUUGCUCCUCUCAUGAAUUGGCCUCAGUUCUUUUCAAUAACUAUAUUCGCUAUGGAAGCUAUAGGAGUGGUGAUGCCAUUAGAAAAUAACAUGAAGACUCCUCAACACUUUGUUGGAAUCUGUGGUGUCCUGAAUAAGGGAAUGGGCGGUGUAACGAUGAUUUACAUCUUUCUCGGCUUCCUUGGUUACUUAAAGUACGGAGAUGCCACUCUUGGUAGUGUUACUCUCAAUCUUCCAACAGAAGAUUAUGCUGCACAGGCUGUGAAAAUUCUUGUUGCUCUGGCUGUCUUCUGCACAUAUGGUCUUCAAUAUUAUGUAUGCCUUGAAAUUGUUUGGGAUGGAGUCAAAGAUCGUUUUAAGAAUAAUGCAAAGCUUUAUGAAUACAUUGUCAGGACAAUCCUUACUACUACCGCAGUGUUGCUGGCUGUAGCUGUUCCUACCAUUGGACCGUUUUUGGCUUUGAUCGGUGCUCUUUGUUUUGCAUUUCUGGGACUUAUCAUACCAGUAUUUAUUGAAUUUAUUGUAUAUUGGGAUGUAGGUUUCGGCCCAGGUAAUUGGGUUGUAUGGAAAAACAUUGUGAUCCUUAUAUUUGGAUUUCUUGCUCUCAUAUUUGGUUCCUAUACCAGUAUACUUGAUAUUAUUAAAGAAUACAGUGGACAAGUACCAGAUCUUCCAAUUCCUCCAUUUGUCGAGGAGCCAGUUGUACAAAUGCUUGGAAAUGCCACCAUGUUAAACUCCACAGCCUCUCUCUAACUAGCUCAUUCACUUUUAGAUAUUAAGCAAUUCAGGGAUUAAGAUGUUUCCUGCUUGCCACUUAGAGUGCCUUUUCUUUUUUUUAAGAAUUCAACUAAAUGGCAAUAUAUGAGAAAGACAUGUUGAUUUGCAAAGUUUUAGCAAUGUGCCUUUUGUUUUUUUCAUAGAAAAAAAAACACCUGUUAACUCAUUCCACUGUAUUUAUUUAUUAUUUUUAUCAGUUACAUUAAAGAUUUUUUUUAGUAUGAUUGUGAAAUGAGGUGUUCACAAGUAUUUUUUAGCCAUGAUAGUAAAAUAAAUAAGAUAUUAUUUUGGCUCUAUAUCUUUAUAAAAAAGGUGUAAAUAUAUAACACUCAAAUAAUUAAGUUAAAAGAAGUACUCUUGGUUGUUACGUUUGUUUCUUUAAUUUAUACUGAUUGUUUAGUAUUUCAUUAUUUUAAUUUUACAAGUGUUGAUUUAUAAAUGAUUCUAAUGAAGUUACAAAAUUCAUUCUUUAAGUGAUCUCAAGCCAUUUUCCCAAUUUGUAAUACUACUCAAUGCACUGGAUGCAAAUUUGUAAGUAUUAUAGGAAUAAAAUUUAAAAUGAGAAAGCAUUUAAAGUUCAUUGUUUUGUAUACCAAUGGGAUAUUUUAAAAUAUUUAUGUACAAAAGUUGUUAUACUUUAAUUAUGUAUAAGUUUUUAAAAAAAAGGAAAAACAGAUUAGUUUCAACACACCAGGCUGAAAAAAAAUGAUCAUUUUAAAUUUAAAAAGACACAAAAAAUAUGUGAUAUUUUAAACUACAUUGUCACCAUAUUGGUUUAAACAAAACCUUUUGUUAAUAAUUUGAUAAUGUUAAUACUAUUUGAAAUCACAAAAUGAAGUAUAAUGAAGAGCUCACAAGAAUCAUGUCAAGAAAUUAGUAUUUUCUAUGUUAUUUCUUUAUGAAGAUUUUUUUAAUAUAUUUUUUUUUUACAAUAUUAUUUUUUGAAUAUGUAUAACAUUGUACAUUGUAGAUCGUUUUCAGUCUAGUUUAUUUUUAUAUUGUUGUAAAUUUAAUAUUACUCAUAAUGUUCUAGUUUUAAGAUUUAGGCUUUGUGAUAAAAUUUAACAAUAAAUUCUUGUUUUAUCAAGUGAUUUGUUUUAACUUUAUUAAGUUAUGUUUUAUUUUAUUUUCUUGUACAAUUUAGAAAGGCAUCUAGUUAAUAUCAUUGUAAAUAGUUAUUCAUAUGUAGGUGAAAGUAUAAUUGUAAAUAAAAUUGUGUUAAAGAACGAAACAACACUUAUUUAAGAGACGAUAUAUAUAAGUUAAUUGUACAAAUGAUAUGAAAUCAUUUUUCUGUCCAUUUUUAAUGAGGAUGCCAAUGAAAAAAAUACAAAAUUCAAAACUAAAGUAAAUUAUCAUUUAAAUUAUUCAGAAUAUUACAGAAAUACUUCCAGGCCGAAGGAAAUCAACCAAACACUUCUGUAAUUUAUUUUAUUAAUAAACCUUUUGACUAUCA